AUGCUUGCUGCCAUGUAUGCUGUGACUAUUAGUGAUGAGGGUGACUGUUACUGGUGUUUUCCGCCCGACCCGGGCAUUGGGACUGCUGCUCUAGGUACUGGUGAGGCUGCUGCUCUAGGUGCUAGCGAGGCUGCUGCUCUAGGUGCCAGUGUGUCUGCUUCCUCAGGUGCUGGUGAGUCUGCUCUCUCAGGUACUGCGUCGGCUCCGGCCUCCCACACCUUCACUCUUGACUCGGGGGCUUCUCGCUCCUUCUUUCGAGACCGCACCACACUCACGCCGCUUGGUCGGCCAGUUGCAGUCUCUCUGGCAGACCCCUCUGGGGGUCCUGUCCUUGCUCACUUCUCCACUGUCCUCCCGUGUCCGGCGGCCCCCUCUGGCACCCUGUCUGGUCUUUACCUCCCCUCGUUCUCUACGAACUUGGUGAGUGGUGCUGACCUACAGGAUGCGGGGGUUCACCAGUUCACUCCUGUGAGCCAGCGUGUGACCUACUGCACGGACGCUCGGACGGGCCGACACUUGGCCACGUUUACACGUCGGCCGGGGUCGAGCCUGUACACACUGACCACUGAGUCUCCUCCAGUCAUUGCGUCUGGUCAGGCAGCUGCGUCGGGUCAGGUGUUUACUGCAGCGUCUAGGUCUGGUCCUGAGUAUGCCCCCUGCUCGUGUCGCCUCCUGUCUCACGAGACUCUCCUCUGGCACCACCGCCUUGGUCACCCCUCCCUGCCUCGUCUCCGAGGCAUGGCCUCCCGUGUCCUUGUCUCUGGUCUUCCCCGGUCCCCCCCUCCCCUUCCUCCGGGGCCUGCCCCUACCUGCGUCCCCUGUGUCGAGGGGCGGCAGCGUGCUGCCCCUCACUCCUCCCAGUUUCCUCCGACAGAGGCCCCGCUGCAGACGCUUCACAUGGACGUGUGGGGCCCGGCCCGCGUCCGUGGACAGGGUCACGAGCGCUACUUCCUGCUGGUGGUUGACGACUACUCGCGUUACACCACAGUCUUCCCCUUGCGCAGCAAGGGUGAUGUCACUGAGGUGUUGAUCGACUGGAUCCGCGCAGCUCGUCUCCAGCUCAGAGAGAGUUUCGGCUCGGACUUUCCUGUUCUGCGUCUGCACUCUGACAGAGGCGGAGAGUUCUCCUCUGGCCUUCUGCGAGCCUACUGUCGUGCACGAGGCAUCCGCCAGACCUUCACGCUUCCGGACUCUCCACAGCAAAAUAGGAUUGCUGAGCGCCGCAUUGGCAUGGUCAUGGACGUCGCCCGUACGUCCAUGAUGCAUGCGGCUGCCCCCCAUUUUCUGUGGCCGUUUGCGGUUCGGUACGCGGCGCAUCAGAUCAACCUUCAGCCCAGGGUCUCCAUGCCGGAGACCUCCCCAGCUUUGCUGUGGACGGGGAAGGUUGGCGAUGCGUCUGCGUUCCGUGUCUGGGGAUCUCGGGCGUUUGUCCGCGACUUGUCUGCGGACAAGCUGUCCCCUCGUGCUGCUCCCUGCGUCUUCCUUGGCUUCCCCCCUGACGCGCCAGGGUGGCAGUUCUACCACCCCACCUCUCGCCGUGUUCUGUCCUCCCAGGACGUCACUUUUGACGAGUCGGUCCCCUACUACCGUCUCUUCCCCUACCGGACUCCGUCCCCCCCCCCGCCUCCGCUCUUCCUUGUGCCAGUCGAGCCUGUGGAGGUCGCUGGUGACUCUGGUGCUGCUGGGGGUGCUGAGCCUGGGGGUGCUGACUCUGGGGGUGCUGAGCGUGUGGGUGCUACGCAUGGGGGUGCUGAGCCUGGGGGUGCUGAGCCUGAGGGUGCUACGACUGGGGGUGCUGAGCCUGGGGGUGCUGAGUCUAGGGGUGCUGAGCCUGGGGGUGCUACGACUGGGGGUGCUGAGCCUGGGGGUGCUACGCCUGGAGGUGCUGAGCCUGGGGGUGCGGAGCCUGAGGGAGCUGGGCCUGCUCGUGUGGCGUCUGGCGGUGCUGGGCCUGGAGCUGGAGGUUCUUCGGCUGCUGAGGGUGCUGGUGCCACGGGUCCCGGAGGUGCUCGUACUGGGAGUACUGGAGCUGCUGGGCCUGCGGGUACUACUGGAGCUGGAGCUGCUGAGGGUGUUGGCGCUGAGGGUACUGCUGGCGGUACUGGAGGCGGUCCUGCUGGGGGUGCUACUGGUGCUGCUGGAGGUCCUGGAGCUACUGGAGCUGCUGGGGGUACUGGAGAUGGAGGUGCUGCUGGCGCUGGUGCUACCACUGGGGGUACUGGUGCUGUCCCUGCUGUGUCUGGAGUCGCUGCGCGGCCUCGGCCGUACUUCGUUCCGCUUCUUGAGCAGGUUCUUGGUCUCCCGCCUUCUACUGGUCCUCCUCCUCCCUUAGAGUGUCCACAGCCUGUCCCGUCACAGUUACAGUUACAGCCGGCCUCCCCACUGCCUGCUCCUUCUCCCUACACUGGUCCUACUGGAGGUCUUGCUGAGCGUCGUGAGCCUGCGUCUCGUCCUGCGUCGCCUAUCCGUGCUGCUCCCGCUAGUGGUCGUGGUUCGCGUCAGCGUCCUCCCCCUGUGCCCGGCACGCACCGGAUGUCUCUCCGUCCGUCCACUGCUCCUCUGCGUGCCCCUUUGCCUUCUCCUCCUGAGUCCUCUCUUCCUGCUCUUGCUGACCCGGAGUCGGACUCCCUUCGUGCUGCCAGUCCGACUGUCACGCGUCUCCUUGCUACUGUUGUCACUGACCCUUCCUUUGAGUCCACUGCUGCGUCUGCCCUAGUUGCUGAGCUCGUCGACUUUGCUGCUCGCUGUCGUCUAGACUACGCUGCUAGUCUUGUUGCUGCGUCUGAGUCUGUCUGUCCUCCGUCCGUCGGGGGUGAGUGUGCCCUUGGCACGGACGUCCUUGAGGACAGACAGGAGGAGUUCCAGUGUUUGGCUGCUGCUUCACCUCAUCUCGUGUCCGUACUGCUUACCCCUGAGGGAGACCCGGAUGCACUUGACAUCCCGACUCCGCGCUCUUACGCGGAGGCGAUAGAGGGUCCCUACUCCUCUCAGUGGCAGGCAGCUAUGGACGCAGAGAUGGCUUCCUGGAAGUCCACAGGCACCUACGUUGACGAGGUUCCCCCGCCUGGGGCGAACAUCGUCUGUGGCAUGUGGAUUUUCAGGGUGAAGCGGCCGCCGGGUUCUCCGCCUGUCUUCAAGGCGCGUUACAUGGCUCGUGGCUUCAGUCAGCGGCAGGGAGUUGACUACUUUCAGACCUUCUCUCCCACCCCGAAGAUGACCACUCUUCGGGUACUGCUGCACAUAGCUGCUCACCGUGACUACGAGCUACACUCUCUUGACUUCAGCACUGCUUUCUUGCAGGGCAGCCUGCACGAGGAGAUCUGGCUGCGCCGCCCACUUGGCUUCACUGGGACUUUUCCUCCUGGCACCCAGUGGAGCCUCCGGCGGCCAGUCUACGGUCUCCGCCAGGCACCGCGUGAGUGGCACGACACACUGAGGACUACGCUUGCGGCUCUUGGGUUUGCUCCCUCUACUGCCGACCCGUCGCUGUUUCUGCGCACCGACACUUCUUUGCCGCCGUUCUACAUCCUCGUGUACGUCGAUGACUUGGUCUUUGCCACAGCUGACACUGCUGGACUCGCCCACGUGAAGUCUGAGCUGCAAAAGAGACACACGUGCACAGACCUGGGUGAACUGCGCAGCUACCUUGGCUUGCAGAUCACCCGGGACAGAGCACGCCGCACCAUUACCCUGACUCAGUCACACAUGGUGCAGCAGGUCCUUCAGCGCUUCGGCUUCACGUACUCCUCGCCUCAGGCCACUCCUCUGCCUACUCGCCACUCGCUCUCAGCUCUGCCUUCGGAUGAGUCCGUAGAGCCGAGUGGUCCGUACCCAGAGCUUGUUGGCUGCCUCAUGUACCUGAUGACCUGCACUCGACCUGACCUUGCAUACCCUCUUAGCAUUCUCGCACGCUAUGUUGCUCCUGGGAGACACAGACCGGAGCACAUGGCUGCAGCGAAGAGGGUGUUGCGCUACUUGUGCAGUACGUCGGGCAUGGGGCUUGUGCUUGGAGGGCAGAGUCCAGUGGUCCUCACUGGGCACGCAGACGCUUCUUGGGCUGACGACCAGGCUACGCAGCGGUCGUCACAGGGUUACACCUUCAGCCUUGGUUCCGGCUCUGUCUCGUGGCGGGCUACCCGCUCGUCUUCUGUUCUCGGCUCCAGUUGUGAGGCUGAGAUCUACGCAGGGGCCAUGGCUGCACAGGAGCUUCGCUGGCUCACCUACCUGCUGACUGACCUCGGAGAGCCGCCUCGUUCUCCUCCAGUGCUGUACGUAGACAACAAGGCCAUGCUGGCCUUGUGUCAGGAGCAGAGACUGGAGCACAGAACGAAGCACAUUGCUCUUCGCUACUUCCUUGCUCGUGAGCUACAGCAGCGUGGUCAGCUACGCCUUGCGUACGUGGCCUCUCAGGCCAACACUGCUGAUAUCUUCACCAAGGCACUUGCGCCUUGUGAUCAUCAGCGCUUCUGUACUCAGCUGGGUCUUGUGCCUACCUUGCCUCACUUGCUCACCCCUUGA